UCCAAAUCGCCCUCCCAUCCACGUCCUCUUCGCGAUACCCGUCCCCUUUAAACUUGCAGCGCUUGCGCCGCGCCCUUCGCUCUCUACAUUCCGUCCCUGCGCGCUGCGUCAAUUCUCUUUUGCCCCUUCUUUCUCCCUCCGCGCGCGCGAGAGAGAGCAUACCCAUUUAUCCCGGAGCUGUCCCGCCCGCCGAUCAGCUCUUCCUUCCUUCCUAACAACCAACCUACUCACGCCCGUCUUCGGCACUACGAAUUGGCCCCUACGCUCGCAUCGGCUGAGCGCCCGUCCCUAUUUCCGCACCGCAACCAUGCCGCCAAAGUCCCGCUUCACGAGGCUCGAUGCCUUCACCAAGACGGUCGAGGACGCGCGCGUGCGCACGACGUCCGGUGGCGUCGUCACGAUUGCCAGCUUGAUGCUGAUCCUGUGGCUCGUAUGGGGCGAGUGGACGGAUUACAGGAACAUUGUCGUUAGGCCAGAGUUGGUGGUGGAUAAGGGGAGAGGCGAGAAGAUGGAGAUUCACAUGAACAUCUCGUUCCCGCGGGUGCCGUGUGAGCUCCUCACGCUGGACGUCAUGGACGUCUCGGGCGAGAUCCAAAUGGGCGUCAUGCACGGCGUCAACAAGGUGCGCCUGACGCCCGAGAACGAGGGCUCGCGCGUUAUCGAGACCAAGGCGCUUGAAUUGCAUCAGGAAGAUGCUACGCACCUGGACCCCAACUACUGCGGUGAGUGUUACGGAGCGCCGGCGCCCAGCAACGCAAAGAAGGCCGGGUGCUGCAACAGCUGCGACGAGGUGCGGGACGCUUACGCGGGAGUGUCGUGGUCAUUCGGGCGGGGCGAAGGAGUCGAGCAAUGCGAGCGCGAGCACUACGGCGAGAAGCUGGACGCGCAGCGGCGCGAGGGCUGCCGCAUCGAGGGCGGCAUCCGCGUGAACAAGGUCGUGGGCAACUUCCACUUUGCGCCGGGCAAGAGUUUCUCGAGCGGCAACAUGCACGUGCACGACCUGGAGAACUACUUCAAGGACCAGGGCGACCACUCGUUCAGCCACCAGAUCCACAGCCUGCGCUUCGGCCCGCAGCUCCCGGACGACGUGGUCGCGCGCCUCGAGGCCAGCGGCAAGAGCAGCUCCUCGCUCUGGACGAACCACCACGUCAACCCGCUCGACAACACCGAGCAGCGCACCGACCAGAAGGCCUUCAACUACAUGUACUUUGUCAAGGUCGUCAGCACCGCGUACCUGCCCCUGGGCUGGGAGAAGCAGAGCUCCGGCUCCAGCCCGCUGGCCGAUGACAGCCAGGUCGCGCUCGGCGCGUACGGCCGCGACGCGGCGGGCAGCAUCGAGACGCACCAGUACAGCGUCACGAGCCACAAGCGGCACUUGGCGGGCGGCAAUGACGAGCAGGAGGGUCACAAGGAGCGCCUGCACGCGCGGGGCGGUAUCCCGGGUGUUUUCUUCUCUUAUGACAUCUCCCCCAUGAAGGUCAUCAACCGCGAGGCGCGCAGCAAGUCGUUCUCGGGCUUCCUGGUUGGCGUGUGCGCCGUCAUUGGCGGCACGCUGACGGUGGCGGCGGCCGUCGACCGCGCGGUGUACGAGGGCGCGUCCAAGAUCAAGAAGCUGCACCAGGGUUGAUUGAGUCGUGUUGAGUGCAUGGGCUAGUCAGUGGUGAGUAGGGAGGGGAUGUUGGGGUGUGCUGGUGGGUGAGCGAGUCAGUAGGUGGACGGACAAGUUCUUGCCGUGAUGUGACCGCUGUUGUUAUCGUUGUUGCCGUUGUCGUUUCUGUCGUUGCGGUCUGCGUGUCUAUUUGAAAAGGGGGCGUUUCCUCGAGCGGCGUUUAGAAUGGGGGUUUUGAUUGGCCUGAAAUCGGGGGGAGGAGGCCUGCAUUUUGUUGAUCUGGAUGCUACUACUACCACUAC